UUUCCACUGUAUUUCUUAGAUGCGAAUGGCGAAGCGUCCGCCAGAGCGUCGUUUAUGAAGAAGCAGAAGCAGCUGCGACUUCGGAAAGAUAAGCCACAGCAGCACACCUUUGCGCAUCCGCUCCUGGCAGCGGCGCUGAAGGGCCACAGCGGGAGUGUCACCUGCCUCGACUUCAGCAGCAACGGGAAGUACCUGGCCUCCUGCUCCGACGACCGGACCGUGCGCAUCUGGAGCACCAAAGACUUCCUGGAGCGGGAGCACCGCUACAUGCGCGCCAACGUGGAGCUGGACCACGCCACCUUCGUUCGCUUCUACCCAGACGCCAG